AUGGCCACCGGAGCCACACCGACUGCUGGAGCUGCACCGGCGACGACGACGGUAAAGAUUCUGUUUUGGCUCGAGUUAUGUUUUGGUGCGGUUUGGUUCGGGUCUGAUGUAGCCGUUUUAGCGGAAGAGGACAGCUGCGACAGGAUGAUGGUGAUACUGGUUAUUUUGGUGGGGCUCGGCAGCAGACUUCGAAGGCCUGUAAGGGACCACCCGAUUGUAUGUGGUGAUGGGGUGGCAGGAGGUGGAGGUGGAAGUGGUGAGAGAGAAGAAGAUGGAGAGAAUGAAAGAUCUGGGAGAAUUCAAUAUGGAAUAUGGAAUGUUUGGCAAAAUAAAGUAAAGGAAAAGAAAAAAGAGUCAAGGGCAUCGUCGACCCGCCGAAUACCGUGCCAUCAUAAAUGGCCCUGGACCAUUACUAAACGCCAGUUUGCAAAUAAUUUACACGCGCUAGCGCGUGUAAUUACUUAUACAGUGCUACCGAUUGAUCUAGUCUUCCAUGAUCAACCUGUGGUAAUGGGGUUCGUGGGGAUGGCUAGCGGGUGCAUCAUGUUUAGCCAGCAGUUCCAUGCUUGGGCUCAUGGGACUAAGAGCAAGCUGCCUGCGGUCGUGGUGGCGUUGCAAGACGCUGGAGUGUUGGUUUCCCGGUCGCAACACGCGGCUCACCACAAGCAGCCGUAUAACAACAACUACUGCAUUGUGAGUGGGGUUUGGAAUAGGUUUUUGGAUGAUCAUAAGGUGUUUGAGGCUCUAGAAAUGGUGAUAUAUUUCAAGCUUGGGCUCCGGCCACGGUCAUGGAGUGAACCGAACUCCGAUUGGACGGAGGAGGCGGAGGAUUCUCCGGUGACUUAUGUUACAUGAUACAUGUUAUUACUUAUUUUUUUAAGAUUCAAAAUUAUAUAUGAAGUAUAUAUACCAUUGCUAAUUGCAUUAA